CUAACCUCACUUAUUUGUUUUUGAAUUCGUUCCGGAACGAAAGUUUAAAUACUUAGUUAAAAAUGGAUUCGGAUGCAGUUUUGAAUGAAAAAAACUCCAAAAAAGGUGGCCGACAUCGUAAAAAGCAAUUAUAUAAUUCGAUAUUGCAACAGAUGGAGUUUUAUUUUUCCACAUCCAAUCUUUCAAAAGAUAGGUUUUUAUCGCAGUUAAUUUCAGAAGAUCCAUAUAUUGAAUUGAGUGUAUUUUUAAGUUUUAAUAAAUUAAAAAAGUUAACGGAAAAUAUUGAAGACAUUCAAAAAGCUCUAAGUAAAUCUGAACUAAUAGAGUUGUCAGAGGAUAAGUUAAAAGUAAAAAGAAAAACGCCUUUAAAAGUUAAAGAAAAUGUGGAUGAGUGCACUAUUUAUGUGGAAAACAUUAAAUCUGAAGCAGACCACGAUUGGGUGAAAACAGUGUUCUCCGAGUUUGGAAAUGUAGUUUAUAUUUCGAUACCAAAGUACAAACAAAGUAAAGCAAACAAAGGAUUCGCUUUUGUGGAGUUUGAAACUGAAUCUGAGGCACAGUCUGCACUGCAAUACUUUGAAAAUAUCGGGUGUAAAAUGCCUUCGCAUGUCAAUCCUGAAGAAUUAAAAAGUAUUGCAACUUUUGAAGGGCCAGACCAAAACGCGGGGGAAAUCGAAAACGACGAGAAUAACGCGAAAAAAAGGAAAUUUAGUGAGAAUGAAUGCCCACCAGAAAAAAAAUUAAAAACUGAUGACGCUGAAAGGGAAAAAAUUACAGAGACUGAAAAAAAUACUGAAAGUGAAAAAGUUACAGGGGAAAACGAAAACAAAAAGAAAAAGAAGUUAAAGAAGGAGUGCAAAAAGAAACAUUAUUUUAAAGAAUUGGGCUUACAGAUACUAUCAAAAAAAGAAUGGAAAAAAAUGAGAAAUAAGUAUCUGGAUUUACAAAAAAAGAAAAUGAAGGAAUUCAAGCAAUAUUUAAAUAGAAACCGAUUUUCACAAAGGACUUUCAAAAAAACAGAAAAUUUGGAGAUAAUUGAAAAUGAAGAAACUGGUUUGGCUACCAAGUUGGAAUACCAACCUGGACUUAUAGUAAAAGUAAAAUUACCUGAAGUUUGUGAUGAUUUAAAAAAAUUGAAGAAUGAAAUUAAAUCCCAAUCUACAGAGAUAAAGUAUGUGGAUAUGCCUGUAAGCAUUCAAGAACCGGAAGUGUUUGUUCGUUUUGGAGAUGCUAAAAGUGCAGCAGAAUUUUGUCAAAAUGGCAAGUCAAUUGGUGAGAAAAUUCUACUUAAAGACGAAGAGGAAAAACAGUACUGGGAUAAAAUAAACAAUGAUAGAAGCAUAAAGUUUUCUAAAUGCACCAAAAAACAAAGGGGGAGGGACAAGUUAAUGAAAAAAGCAGCCAAGGAAGUAGCCAACCACAUCAGAUUUGAUGAAACAGAUGUAAUGUAAUGUUAUUUUAAGAAUAAUUUUUACAAUAA